UUUCCCCACAUUUCUUGCUAUUUCUGGUAUUUCCAGGGCAAAGUUAAUCGUCUUUAUCRUCUUCUUUUUCCAGCAAAUUUCUGCAAUCAAGCAACUUUAGGGAAAUUCAGAUUUCCAAAGACAGCCRUUGGUUGGUUUGCAUACUCAAAGGAGCAAUGUGACAAAAAUACAGCUGGAGGUACGCAUAACAUCCACAUAUUAGAUGGACCUCAGUCUUCCUCUUCUUGCAUAAUUUUAAAUCCCAACAUGUYCUCUCUUCCCCUCAGCCGGUAAACCCCAGGCUUCUACCAGAUGUUCGAUCAGAAAUGGAAAACCUCARUUUGAUGACCCACCGCGGGUCCUUCGAUGUGAACAGACGCUCAGCGACAUACAAAGAAACCUCACCAGUUCUGCAGACUUGGAGGUACUGGCAUCCAGCGCUCAGCUUCUGACGUCCAGACCUGCAGAUCUGAAACCUGAAGACGUCACCGUAGCAGCUCAGAUUGCCAACACGUUGCUGCUGUCGCCAAAUGCCUCAGAGGUAGGAAAUUCUGACAGGACAACGGCCAAUGAACAUGGCUUCAUACCGCAUGGAUGGACCCUCUGACCUGGCACUGAGUCCAGAGUUCUGGUUCUUGUUUCCAGACCGUCAGGGUGGCAGCAGUCGCCACYGUCAGCCAGCUGCUCAAUGCUGCAGAGUCCGAUGAGAAGAAGGAAACCAACACGUCUCAAAGGUAAACAAGCAUCGAUUCUGUACUUCCUACUGGGUCAGCCGCUCAGACUGUGGAAAACAGGACGGCAUCUUCAAUACUCCGUGGUUUAGAAUUGGUUUGGUCAAAACAGGACCAGAGUGAUCAGUGAAACCACCAUGUGGAUAGUUUGGAUGUCCAGGUAAAGAUGACCAUUUCAAAACUSAGUCAGAACCUGGUGGUUCGGUGUGUUGAACAAACCGUAUGGUUGACAGAAACAUGGAAACUUGCCAAUGUGUUCGAAGCAGUCUGGAACUGACCAAAGAAACCAGAACUAAAGCCUUCAGGCAUCAGAUCCUUGAUCAGGUUGGCCAGUAGAUGAGGAAGGUGAACAUGUUGUCAAUUAUUCYUUUACUGCACAAGCUAAAGUUUUGAUUCAGAGCUGCUGUGSUACCAAACGUCUGAUGGUGUUACAWCUUUAAUGUUGGUGUUACCUUCCAUUUGAUCCGUUUMUCGUGCUCAGCUUGACGCAGACUCUGGAUCAGCUUUCUGUGAACCUCAGCCUGACCAACAACACACCCCAGCUAGUCCAACCAAACCUGGUGGUCCAGUCGGCUCAGAUUCCUGCGUCGGACACCCAGGGAGUCCAGUUCACCGCCUUGGCAGGUCAGUAGGUCUUUGCAUCCCCUCAGUAGAGCCUGGAGCUUUGAUGAUUCUGGUGUGAGUGCUGAUAAAUGUAGCCAGAAAUGUUUUAUUCCCUCUGAUUUCCAUUAACAACACCUUCCUUUGAGCCGACUUGGUGACUUUGAACCCACUCAAACUUCUUGCUGCAUUCAGGRCUGUCUGGCARUUUUGUAGCCAAUAGAAUUCGGUUGAACACCAACGUGUCAAAGGUCACCGUGGACAAUGGUUUUAUCGCUGACGCUCUGGUUUACAUCCGCUUCCCAUCAGGUGGGUUCUCUGCAUUAGAGGACAUUUAACCUCCUUUUAGCAACAGCUGACCCUAGAUUUGUUCCUCUACCAUCAGGCAGGAGGGCUGAAAGGCUCCAGCAGGGGUCCAACGUCUCUCUGGGCUUCGUACUCUACCAGAACAGCCGAUUCUUCCCGUCGAGGAUCUACAGGAGACGGCGGGCCAGCCUCAGGGUCCUGUCAGCCAGCAUCGGGGGUCCAGACCGCAGCGUGGUGGCGGAGACUGUGGAGAUGCAGUUCAGAGUAACGCUGCCAAAUAAAACCUCUCUGCACGAUUUCUCCUGCGUCUUCUGGGACUACGGCAAGCAGGACUGGAACACCCACGGCUGCCGCAAGGGGAACACUUCAGACGGAGUUCUCAGGUGUUCCUGCAACCACACCACCAACUUCGCAGCUCUCUGGUCUUUCAGAGAGAACUAUGAGUACGCAGAAGCCCUGGGUGUGCUUUCCAUCGUSGGUCUGUCUUUCUCCAUYCUGGGCUUGGUUAUCACYAUCAUCCACCACCUGAAAGAGACAGAUAAACCUGAGGACCUGCAGCCAAAGAUUUUAAAACGAGUCCCAGCCGUUGUCACGGCGAUCACCCUGGCAGCGACCUACCGGGUGGAGAACCCGCUGGCGUACCGACAGGAGGAGUUCUGCUGGCUCGCUGCUCUGGACCUGAACCAAAAGUUCAGCUUUGGGAAGCCCAUGUUCUGGGCCUUCAUCGUGCCGCUGGGCCUGGUUCUGCUCUACAACGCGGUUCUGCUGGGCCUCACCUCGCUCACCACCUGCAGGGUGGAUCACAAGCUCAACAGCACCAAGCGCUCCUCCCUGACCCAGAAGUUCCUGGUCAGCUUCUCUCUGGCGGUUCUGCUCGGUCUGUCCUGGACUCUGGGCUACCUGGUCCUGGUUACCAUGGAAACCGCCAACCUGGCCUGCAGCGUCCUGUUCUGCCUGUGUACCACCACCCAGGGCCUCCAGAUCUUCAUCCUGUUCACGGCCAGAACCCGAAGCUUCCGGGCCGCAGCGAGUCGGUCCGCUCGCCGCCUCUCCGCCGCCGGGUACAGCCUCAGGUCCACAACAUACCACCUGUGGAAGAACCGGGGCGAGUCCAGAACCUCAGACAUGUACAGGAACACAAAGGACCGGGACACAAAGAACGARGACACCAGCAUCUAGAACCAGGAACCGGGUCAGAACCGGACCAACACCAGCAUCUACAAUCACCCUGCCAGCAUGCCUA